CCAACAAGGGAAGGAACGAUCGUUUGUUAGGUUCCCGUCGGCUCGAUUACCAAGUCUCACAAUCCACCGCACAUCAACACAUCCCCCCAACAAACGAACACCAAGAAUCACAAUGACUGGCGCUACCUCGAACCCCCAGGUCUGCCCUGUUGUUGGCACCACAAACUCGACUCUCCCUCCCAGCCACCCGGACAUCGAUCUCUCCCAGCCCGGCCAAACUUGCCCGGUCGUGGGGGCCUCAACCGAUCACCACCACAACCUCCACAAGCACCCUCAAGUGUCCCAGCCCGAGGGUCUCAAGCGCUUGGACGACGCCUCGGCCUGCCCCGCCCUCAACAGCCGCAUCGUCAACGAGCCCAAGUCCAAGGAGAUGGACGACGAGGUCUGCCCUGUGGUCGGUACAGCGACGACGGUUCUGUCCCCCGAUCAUCCCAACAUUGAGGGCGCGCCGGAGGAUGCCGAGUGCCCUGUCACCAAGGCCAAGGUCGCACAUCACAAGGGCAAGGUCCACGAACACCCGGAUUUGAAGAGCGCCAGCGAGGGCGCCGUGUGCCCGGUUGCGGGGAAGUACAAGAGUGAGAUGGCUGGUAUUGGUGCUUAGAUUGUGGGUAGUGAAAGAAACAAACGGUUACACGGCGCUAUGCUAGGGGACCGAGACUGAAGGAUAACAAUGCAAAUGAAUAUUGGUAUCGAAUCAAUUAAUGCGUCCACAAGUUGCCUGGCAGUGGUAUUCCGUGGUGGUGUCUUUUGUGAGCCUCGUGCACCCAAACCCCUUGAGCUGUGAAUGAGCGAGCCCUCCAAGAGAGUCGACAGGUCUCGAAAAGGACGAUAACCACUGCAAGGAGGCAACACAAUCGAAGCGAUAACUUGUAAU